CUCGAAACGAGAUAAAAUGGCCGACCUGUCGAGACAGAUUUGAAAAACGCACUAAAAAGGGAUAGAAUCGGAUCAUAGAAAGAUCAGAAGUCGUGAAAUAAUGGAUUGUACUAAAAACAACAUUCUCCAAAACAUCCACGACGAAAUGGUCAAAGGUACAUUCAAUGACCUUGACAUUGUCUGUGAGAAUGGGACAACGAGUGCAAACCGUUUGGUCCUGGCCGCGAUGUCGUCUUACUUCCGGGCAAUGCUGACAUCAGACAUGACAGAGAGUCGGACAGGUGUCUUGAAUCUGCCUACUGUCUCGGUGUCAGUGUUCCAGGAUAUUCUGAAGAUGUCUUUGUGUUCACUGGAUCUUGUAAACGAAGACAACUGCGUCAAAGUGUUAGACGCAUGCGAAAUGAUGCAGCUUGAUGACGUCAAAGAUCUGUGUCAUCGUUAUCUUAAGAAAAGUCUAGUGAUGAACGCCGACAAUUGUCUACAUUGGUGGAGACUUAUGAAUCGCUACAAUGUUCGUGAUUCGUCCAACAGAGCAGUCUCUUAUCUGAAAGAAAACUUGACCGAGUUUGUUGAAAGAGAAAACAUUGUUCAUUUGUCAAAGACAGAACUCUUAGAAAUCUUAUCCAAAGAUGAUUUGAAAUGCAAGGAAGAUGUAAUUAUGAAAGGUGUCAUGAAAUGGCUUGAAGGAAAUAACCCGGAUGCAGAUGACGUAACAAGUAUCUUUGAAAUGAUCAGGAUUGAAUGUGUUGAUCCACAGUUCCUCAUUGAAAAUGUGUCGUUUUCAAAAUUCAUUUUUGAAAACACCUCUGUUCAGCAAAUGAUAAAAGGUGUUCUUUGUUCUCGCGUUAUGAGAACUGGUUCAACCAGCAGAUCUGAUAGUGGAUGUGGGAAUGUUUUCAUAUUACAUUACGAUGAAACUAAGAAAACAAAUUCUCUUCUGUCUUGUUUUACAUCAGAAGGGACAUGGGAAGACGUUCCACCUGCUCCAGUAGAUCCUGGACGGUGGUAUUCAGCUGCGAGUCUAGGUAACAAUGUCUACAUCACUGGUGGUUGGAUUAGAACAAAAUGUACACUCGUCUACGACGUCUGUAGAAGAGAGUGGGAAACAGGUCCAGAUCUCAAACAACAACGCUUGGUUCACUGCAUGGCCACAGCUAAUUCUAAAGUGUAUGCAGUUGGUGGUAGUAUCAGCAACACGAUUGAAGAGAUGAGCGAGAGUGACACAUGCUGGCAGGUUGUUGGAGAUUUGAAACAGAACAGAGAGCUUGCAUUCGCUGCUACAGUUGGACACAACAUUCUGGUGAUGGGUGGACAAAGUGAAGGAUGUGGAUCAGAUGUUAUGCAGUGUUUCAAUACAGCGACUCGCUGUGUGUCUAACCUCAGCUCACGUUUACCAUACAGAUCGAUCUGUCUGAGAGGUUCGGUUCACCUCCCUGAUGUAUAUCUGCUGGACGGUGAUGGAAAUGUGAUGCACGUCCAGGUCAUUGACAGUGAUGGUGAAAUUCAUAUUCAAGUCAAGUCAACAGCGAAAUGGCGAUCAUUUGAAUAUUGUUUUGGUGUAUUAUGGCAGAACGGAAGCUUGCUGUCCUUCAGUGGCGCGUACACUAAUUGUGAAAUUCGAAAAUACAACCUGGCUGAAGGGAAAGAGGACAAUAUAACAUUCCCAGAAUCAACGAGAAGUGGUGAUGUGCUUGGUGUUCUGCCAGUGGAUCAUAAAGCAUAACAGAUUUUGGAUUGAGUUUAUUCUGGGACAUAACAUCGUUUGUAUUUAAUCUCACUGAUCAAGUGGGUCUCUUGCUAUUAGGAUCUAUUUAAAUUCUGCGUACAACAUCACUAGCAGUUUGAUGAAUUUGGUCACAAAACCUGUAGAGAAACUAAAAUUUGAUUUAACCAAAAAAACAACAUAAUAAUAAAAAUAAUAAAUAAAAAAAUAAAAAAUGCACCAAAAUUGUAACGCCUUAAACAAAUGUAUUCAAUUGUUUCUCGAAUUAUCUUUUUGAUCGAUUAAUUAAAUAUAUUCGUUGAAAUCAAUUUUAAUUUAUAUAUUUGGCGAUUUUGAUAACAAAGGCUAAAGACGGGGUCGGGCACCACUUCACCUAUUUUGGUUUCUGACUGGAUUAUGGCUACGGAGCUAUAAACCGUGGGAUAAGGCUUUAUUUAGUUUGGCUAAUUCUCGGUGUUUAAAGCUGCUGUUAUAACAGUGUUUACUAGUGCAAAAGACAAACGUAACAGCACUGUUAAUAAACUCGAGCUGCGGCUCGUCUUCACAAUAAACGUACAUCGUGAAAAACGUCUUGUUAUUGUGAAGACGAUAAUAACGGAAAGGUAUCUUGUCAGUUAUUUCCGUUUAUUAGAUUGGAUCCACCUCAAAGAGAAAAAGAAGAAAAACAAUCGUACUGUACGGAGAACUUUCGUUUAAGAGUGACUGUUUGCAACACAGUGCGCUUCGUGCAUUCACACAGGUGUCAAUUCAGUGUUUUACUUAUGUGUAUAAUCAAAUAAUUAAUGUGUGUAAUCAAA